AUGGCCUUUCCAAUGCUUUCAAUCGACCUCAAAGAUAUCCUCGAUACAUCGAUUUACAUUGUCCGAACCAUUCGAAAGAUCAACAACCUCUCUCAGGAACAGAAGCACCACAGUACCCUCCUUCAGACUCUCUCGGCCAUGGUUGAGCAAUUGACCAGCAACAUCCAAGACUAUGUCCUGGACGACACCCAUCUUUCUCUUUGGAGCACGGCUGUGAACACCUGCGAGAUGAGAAUCAAGGAGAUAGAGAUAGCAUUGGAGAAGAAGGGCCGGCGAUGGGAUGUCAUCUGGGUCAUGUGGUACUUUUCAAGAUCCGAGAUGAUUUAA